AUGGUUCCUUGCAUGUGUGCAAUCCACUCUUGGCUCGAUCAGUACAUUAUCAUUCCUUCUCUUGAUAAGGAUAGGAUUUAUCGUGGCAGUUUUACUGGAAUUGGUUUUAGCGCCAAGACUAAGGAAUACAAGGUCUUGCAAACAAGUUGCAGCAACUACAACUGCAAUGAGCCUGAGGCUAGGAUAUAUACCAUUGGUAUAGGAGUUUGGAGAAGUCUUGGAAAGCCACCUAGUAUAGGUGGCAUUGCCGAGAUACCGUUCAAUUCCUUUCUGCAUGGAGCUCUUCAUUGGCUUCCCAUCUAUUUUAACCGUCCUCAAUUGAUACAAUCUUUUGACUUUGAAACAGAAGAAUUUCGACCACUACUACCCCCAGCAAGUUUGAAGGAGUUCAAAUAUUAUGAUGAUUUGAGGUUAGGAGUCUUGAAAGGUUGUAUCUUUUUAUGUGUAUUUGGUUGUAAUGAUAGGACAUCUGACAUGUGGAUUUUGAAGGAUUAUGGUGUUCAAGAGUCUUGGACCAAAAUUCUUGUCAUCGAAAACUUGUAUCCAAGUGGCCACAAUCCCAAUUAUGUUCUUCAGUGA